CCGCCGAUGUAUGCAGUGGUGUGACGCGCGCUCUUCAUACUAAAAACUCGUUGCAAUCAUAAAAAUAUCAACAUUAUACCUGUGUUGUACGUUCAAAACAAUCGAUUUGUUCACCGAAACGUUAAAAAACACGCUUAAUUUACUUCAGGAGGUUUUGUUUUUGGUUAUUUUACGUUUUUUAAUGGUUUUAUUUUCGCCGGGUAAACGCCGGGUGUCCGAAAUUCUGUGUGUAUGUUAACGUGUACUUAGUUCUUCAGUGACAGUUGAGACUGAGAGGAAAUCUCGUUGUUUUCGUGUUUUUUUUUGUUUAUUUUGUUUGUUGUUUUGUUAUAUAUCUUCUGGUUUACUCGCCUACCGGCGUUUGAGGUCGCCACGUGUGUUAUCGAUUUCCGCUUCGUCAUAAGAUUUUCGGCUCGAGAUUAUUAAGAUAAACUGUUGGGAUUGAUUGGGAGCCGUUGACUUGUGUUGAAACAAAGGUUUACAUUGUCGGAAGGUGAACGAUCUUCAUUCGACUCGCUACAGAACUGAAGUUACGUGAAAGACGGCGCGCUGGCCGCCAAACAUGUAUUAGAUAUCGCUCCAACGAUAUCGAAACGUAAGUAUCGAGACUGGAAUCAAUCUAUGAAGAAGGAAUACAAUGUUUACUGUUGACUUAUCUUCUAGCAGUAAAUAUGGAUGCCGGUUUCCUGAAGAUGGCCUCACGCACCCCGUCCCUUGAGUCGCUGCCCGGUGCCAACUCAAUAGGUUCGCUGGAGCGUGGCUCCUUAUCGCCCCUGACUCUCAGUGGAUCCUCGCCCCCAGCGAGUGACUCCGCCGUAUGUGACCUCCGUGAGUUCGACGGCCUCGACACCACCUGUGCUAUUUGCCGAGAAACAUUCGUCGACCCCAAAGUACUCAACUGCUUCCACACAUUCUGCCGGGGUUGCCUGGAGAGGGAACAAACGCACCCCGACAAAGUCACCUGCGUCACUUGCCGCGUAGACAGCCAGCUACCAACAGCCGGCGUACCUGGGCUUCUCACCAAUCUUGUUAUAGCUGCGGCUGUAGAGCAGGACGCUGAUCUUCUGCCUACUGCUCGCCAGACCAACUCACCUUCAGCCCGCUGCACCGGCUGCAAGUCCAAGGAAUCAGACGCCGUAGCGCGUUGCGUUGAUUGCGCUAAUUUCCUCUGCCCAAAUUGCGUUAUGGCGCACCAAUUCAUGCAUUGCUUCGAAGGUCACCGUGUCCUGGCGUUCACGGACCUGAAAGAUGACAAGGGUAUGCUCGGAUCUACCCUAACAGCGAGCGGCGACAAAACCGCAUUUUGCCCGAGACACAAAAAUGAUAUUUUAAAAUACUUCUGCCGCACUUGCUCCGUGCCGGUUUGCAAGGAAUGUACGAUUAUUGAACACCCGGCUGCUUUGCAUGACUGUGAGCACUUAUCUGACGCUGGGCCCAAACAAUUGGAACUGAUGCAAACGGCUGUAAAUGAAGCCAAGACUCGAGCCACUGAAAUUAGGCACGUAGUCAAAACUGUUGAACAUGCUGCUGGUAAAUUACAAGUUCAGUACCACAAAGCUCAAAAUGAAAUUAACGAUACGUUCCAAUUCUACCGCUCUAUGCUCGAGGAGCGUAAGCAAGAACUACUGAAAGAACUCGAAAGCGUAUUUUCCACGAAACAAAUUGCUCUCACAGUAGUCGGGCAGAAAGCUCAAGAGACUGUUGAUAAGAUAUACCAGACGUGCGACUUCGUUGAGCGAUUGACAAAAUGCGCCAAUAUUGCUGAGAUACUUAUGUUCAGAAAAUUGUUAGACACGAAGUUGCAAUCUCUAAUGAGUUCUAAUCCGGAACAGAGCGUACAGACAGCUUGUGAACUUGAAUUUGUCUCGAACUACCAAGCCAUACAAGUUGGCGUAAGAAACACUUUUGGAUACGUACGCUCUAGCUCAGAGGCGAAUGUUGGCCCUACUAAACAACCACCUAUUGCUCGCCCUACCAACGGCAACUUAUUGAACGGUGGGUCAUCAUCCAGCAGCAGCAGCGUCAAUGGAAGUUCAGGUAGCCUGAACGGUGGAAUCCACCUACCCACUGGCUUAAACGGGGUGCUCGAUCGCCCAUAUACAAAUGGACUACUUGGGCCUACAAGCCAAUCCACGUCACCUUUCGAGUCCAACAUCAUUUCGAAACGAUUCAAUAGUGCCAACAGUCUAGGUCCAUUCUCAUCUGCUAUCGGAGAUAUAAACUUGAAUGGCAUCAACCCUUACGAGAAGUGGUCAAACGGCGGUUGCGACUCGCUGUUCCCUCCGACGACGGCUGACCCAUAUUCGCUAACAUCUUCGGCCCACGCUGAUCCUAUUUUAGACUUGACAAACAAGCUUAUAUCUACUGCCAUUUUCCCGCCGAAAUCUCAAAUCAAACGACAAAAGAUGAUCUAUCACUGCAAAUUCGGAGAGUUUGGUGUGAUGGAAGGUCAAUUUACUGAGCCAAGCGGAGUAGCUGUCAAUGCUCAAAACGACAUAAUAGUUGCUGACACCAACAAUCAUCGCAUACAGAUUUUCGACAAGGAAGGACGCUUCAAAUUCCAAUUUGGUGAAUGUGGCAAACGGGACGGCCAACUGCUGUACCCGAAUAGAGUAGCCGUUGUCCGUACUUCAGGCGACAUAAUUGUAACUGAAAGAUCACCAACUCAUCAAAUUCAGAUUUAUAACCAAUACGGCCAAUUUGUGCGCAAAUUCGGUGCUAACAUCCUUCAGCAUCCCCGCGGCGUGACGGUGGACAACAAGGGCCGCAUUGUCGUUGUCGAAUGCAAAGUAAUGCGCGUAAUCAUCUUCGACCAGAUUGGCAACGUGCUACAGAAAUUCGGCUGCUCUAAACAUCUUGAAUUCCCCAAUGGAGUUGUAGUCAACGACAAGCAAGAGAUCUUCAUCAGUGACAACCGCGCACAUUGCGUCAAAGUAUUCAAUUACGAAGGAAUUUACUUGCGUCAAAUCGGCGGCGAGGGUGUAACUAACUACCCUAUUGGUGUUGGCAUUAACGCAGCUGGCGAAAUUUUGAUCGCUGACAACCACAACAACUUUAAUCUGACGAUAUUCACGCAGGACGGGCAACUGGUAUCCGCGCUAGAGAGCAAAGUGAAACAUGCUCAAUGCUUCGACGUGGCGCUCAUGGACGACGGCUCCGUGGUCCUCGCCAGUAAAGACUACCGGCUUUACAUCUAUCGCUACGUGCAAGUGCCGCCCAUAGGCAUGUGAGUAGCACGCUCUGAUCACAGGAGAUCCGAAUGACCGAUGAACUAUAGAGCAAAAAUCGACACCCAGAGACGUAAAUAUUAUUAUUAUUAAUCGACGUAAGGACUUACUGUUCUAGCGAAGCGAGUGUCAAUUUUUGUAGUUCAAGUGACGAUUUGUGAACGGAACUUGCUAAAAGUGUGCAAGUGGUGCAACUAUGUGGCUGUCUCGAUGUGAUCAUACCGGCUUGCGAUGGGUAUUCUCUACAAUAUUCGGCAUAAGAUCUCUUUAUGAAUUAUUUCUAAACGAAACUGUAAUGAGAUUAGUUAUAGUAUUGACAUUGUUAUUCGAGUACCUAUUGAUUGAUGGUUAGAGAUUAAAUUCCGUUGGAUCGAUCCGAAAUUUCGCGCGAACGGUGUUCUCGAAUCCUUAUCAUUUUUUGAUCUAUUGAAUAAUAUUUUUUCAUAUCCCACAUCGUUAAAUUAGGGAUGAAUAUUAAGGGCAUUUGUAUUAUUUAGCCCAUUUGUUGGACCAAUAUUUUAACUAUUAUUACUUAACAAAUUGUUAGGCGUUAAGCGUGUGAUUUUAUCGUAAAUAAGAGAGCAUCGAGCGGCAUUGUUGUUAGUUUUAAGAUUAUUUCUACGGCACAAUAGCACUUCCUGUUUUUAAUUAGCACUUAUUCUGUGUCGAUGGAAACUAUGGAUUAUUAAAAAAAAACUAAGUAAGGAGUUGUUACAUUAUUAAUUAGGUAAGUGUUAAAUUGAUUGAGCUGAAAUGGACAAUCUUUGGUUACUACCCCACUUAACGUAGUUACUAAAUUUUAGGGAAAUAAUGAUGUUAGGGGUUUUAUCAAUGACAAAGUUGACUGCGGCGUUUGGAUUUUAGUAAAACAAUGACUUUUAACCUCUACUGAAUAUAAUACUAUUUCUUUUAUACGUAAUAGUAACAUCACAAAGUGGCGAUCAAGAAUGUUUUAUAGUCCUCAAUGAGUUGGAAAAUGUUUUGCAUUCUAUCUACGUACUAGUAUGCCCUCAGUUGAGAAUUUAUAAAGCAUUUUUAGAUAGUGAAAGAUUGUAAGUUUAUCUCUCGUUAUAUAUCGGAGGGCAGUACUUCAGCAGUAACUUAUCGAUACCGCCUAGUCGCUGAGAGCCCGCGGACCUUAGUCUUCUGAUGUUGUUUUAGUAACAUUUGGUUGAUAUUGUUCGUUUUUAUGCAUUGAUUGUAGUAACUAUUAGAGCACUUAGGAAAUGGUCGUUUCGCUAGCAUCUUUUUUUAAUUUUUUGAGAUUUUUAACAGUUUUAAAUCGGAGCGCAUGCGUUUCUACUUUCUGGGAGUAUUAUAAACAGCUCGGUAUACAAAAUAAUUAUACAAUUUGUUAUUCUGGUAAGAUAUUUUUUUAUAUGGAAACAACUUUAUUUUUGUAGUGUUUAGUAUAACGGUGCAUGUGUAACGUAUACUUUUCUUGUGUAUUUUAUGAAUAUUGCGCUAUUAUUAUUAUUUUUUUAAUUCAUUACCGUGUGUUUGAGUGUGUUAGCAGAAUUAUUUUAGUUUGAUUUUCAUUAGAACUUUUUGGUUUUCUUAGCAAAUAAUGUUUUUUUUAGUAUUUUUUUCGCUGAAUCUAUGACAAUAGAGAGAUCUGAUCCGGCAUUGGGUCGGUAUCUUGAAGAUCUGUUAGUUUUAGGUUGCGCGUUUCCAUUUUGGUGAUAUAUCUUAAAUAAAUUAAAAUGUUUGAAGAUGCGUCGGCAGACGUCGCGUGCGCACCGUGGCGACCUGUAUAUCGUGUGCCAUAAGAUCAUGUUGUGAUUUAAUAAGUGAUAUUUAGUAUUGUUUGUAAAUAUGUACCAUACUUUCAUAUAAAUCUAAUCGUAAGGGUAUCUGAUCGAAUUACUUAUGAUUGUUUCUCUUUAUACUUGUAGUGCAAGUUAUCGUAACGUUAUACUGCAAAUUUUACACUUUUUAAUUUAAUACUUAAAUAAAAUAAUUAUAAUAUUUAUUUACCACCGAUUACCUACCUUAUAAUAAGUAAGUUUUGGCAAUCUUUUAUACAAUAUAAUUUUAAUGAUAACUGCUCAAUAUAUGAUUAAAAAAAAAACAAACUUAUUGCCAAAUGUAAAAAUACAAAUGGCUGACAGAACAGCGACAGCUUUAGUGUAUAAUAUCGAUCUUCGAAUUUAUGAUUACCAUACUUGCACUAAAAGUUGAACGUUUUGGGAACAACUGAUUUCUUCUCACAUUGUUUUCUGUAUUUUGCCUACCACCGUGCACACACAACCGUCGCCUCGACGCAUCUUCGAUCAAAUAGUUAAUGAGCACUGGAUUAGGUGAAACACGUCACGCGUCUUAGUGUCCAAAUUUCAGUGAUUAUUCACCAAUGAUUUUAUUAUAGACUGCCCUGUUCCUAUCUCCUAAGACGAUGUGAUCGAUAGAUUUCACUUAAUCCACUGACAAGUGAACAUUGAUUGUAAGUCGACUAUUGACCGCAAGUCUGCCUUACCUCAGUUCACUUUGACGAAUUCUUCGACUUAUCGAUUUUAUUCACCAAUGAUUUUUAUUUAAUGAUUCGUCCUUAUGAACUGAGGUCACGCUAGAAAUUCGGUAAACCGUUAUUUUAGACUUAAAUGUUCGGAUUUCUUUGUGAAAAUUAUGUCAUAUUAUCAACGUAAUAUUGUUGUAAUUUUCACUAAAGAAAUUCAGUUUUUGGUAACAACAUACGCUUCUACUUAAUUGAGAUCAUUUCAUCGUAUUAUAUUUAUAUUAAGUAUAGUAUAGUGUAUCGAAAUUUUAUUAAAUAAGAUUUGCAAAUUAUGACAACUUCACGUUUACGCCUAGAAAGCUGUGUAAUCCCGAUUUUAUUUUUUUAGUUUUUUUGUCGACCGGUAGUUACUCUUUAUUUUUUAACCAGUAAAUGGUAAUUUAAGUUUCAGUUAUAAUUAUUAUUACAAACUUAAUUCACAUUAAUUUUUUGUGUUUUUGCAUAAUAAUGUUAGUGAAAAAAGAAAUGAUUUUUCUGUACUAGAAACAUUAUCAUUCUUAAAAAUUGCAUUUCUAAAGCUCGAGGACUGAAUUGAAACAUGUUUUGUCUUUAAAUAUAUUUUGUCGAUGUUUGUUGUUAUAAUUAUAUUUUUUUAAUUAUUUGUAUAAACAAUUGUUCUUUAAAUUAAUGUACAUCGUUUUGUUUUGAAUUAUUUUUGUUGUAAUUGCUUUUUAUAAUAAUACCAGUUCAUUGCAGUUUA